AUGGAAGUACCAGUAGUGAUACGUCCACAUCCAUACGCUGAUGCUCCUCCGGUCAUAUGGGAAAAUGCAACAACCCCAAUAUCAAACGUUACAUAUCCAGAAAUAAUAAAUAUUCUACAAUCAAGAAAGAAGAAAAAAUCACAAGAUAUUCAUGGACUAUCUCCUUUCAUAUUAGACAAAAUUCCUAGAAACUAUUGGCAUCUAUUUGUACAACUUUAUAAUUAUUCAUUUGCAACAUGUCUUAUGGCGAAGAAAUUUAAGGAAGUACGUAUGGUACUAUUGGCGAAGAAAAAUGCUGUGUGUACUCCAGACCAAACCAGACCAAUUUCACUACUCGAUUCAUUCCUAAAGAUACAGGAAAGACUUUUUCUCACUCGAUUUCUACAAAUUCUAAAAGACAGAGGUAUCCUUCCGGAUAAUCAGUCAGGCUUUCGUGCUGGAUAUAGGCUACAAACUCGAGUAUUACUACUUAUAGAACAAAUAUCAUCUUAUAUGGCAAAUAGCUCUCCAGUCGCAACAGUCUUUGCAGAUUUUAAAUCCGCAUUCGAUCAAUUAUGGUUUGAAGGAUACAUAGGAAAGCUCUUACGACUGGGUGUACCACAAGCGUAUGUCAAACGGAUUCAAACAUGGCUCUGUGGUCGUAAAGCAAGCAUUGAGAUGCAGGGUAAAAGAUCGCAUUGGAUAGAAAUCAAACGUGGUGGUCCACAAGGUGCAAGUUUGACACCGUCACUAUUUAUCACUUACCAUAGUGAUAUGGCGGAUUUUAUUCCUGGAGCCAUGUCUUUCUUUUUUGCAGAUGAUCUUGUAGCAGUACUAGCUGCUCAAAUAGGAGUACGAUUUACUGAUCAAUGUAUCGAUCUGGAGCGUCGGCUACAAUUGUUCUUAGAGUAG